AUGCAGCUGCUGCUGCAGGUCCUGCAGGAGCUGGAAGAGGAGGAGUUCAUGAAGUUCAAAUUCUUCCUGAAAGACCCGGCCCUCAAGCCGCAGAUCCCACAAGGGGACCUGGAUGAUGCCUCACGCCAAAACAUCGCCAAAUUCAUGGUGCAGCACUACACCAACAGGGCCCUGGUCAUGGCCCGGAAGAUGCUGGAGCAGAUCCCCCACCUUGAACUGGUGGAGCGCUUCCAGCUCCCACAGGACACGGGUGCUACCAGCAGCCUUAAGCACGCCCCAGCCCCAGGGAAGUACAAGGAAAUGGAAAUGGACAUGACCCUGGACCCAAACACGGCACAUCCCAAACUUGUCCUGUCUGAGAAUUAGAAAUGUGUGAGACAAGACACACGACAGGAUCUGCCUGGCAUCCCUGAGAGAUUUGAUCCUUCUCCCAGUGUCCUGGGCUCUGAGGGGUUCAUGGGCAGGAGGCACUACUGGGAGGUGGAGGUGGGAGACAAGAUGAGCUGGGACCUGGGUGUGUGCAGGGAGUCUGUGCGCAGGAAGGGACAGGUCAUACUGUCACCCAGCAAUGGAUACUGGACCGUGUGGCUGUGGGAUGGGAGAUAUAUGGCCAACACCACCCCCAGGACCUCCCUCCCCGUGAGUGUGCAGCCGAGGCGGGUGGGGGUUUUCCUGGUCUAUGAGCUGGGCGAGGUCUCGUUUUACAAUGUGACGGACAGGUCCCAUCUCUUCACUUUCACUGACUCCUUCUCUGGGACCCUGCGCCCUUUCUUCAGGGUUGGCUCUGAGGGCAGUGGGGAACUGCAUGGCCAGGACAUGGCCUCCCAGCAGACUAAAAUGCUCAGAGAUGCCAAGAAGCUGCAGCCAGAGAGUCCUAAGCCUGGUCUCUUGGGGUUCCUCAGAACCCAAUGA